AUGGCAGUCUCGAAUAAUUAUUGCCAUAAGGUCUAAAGUAACACUUCCAAUAAGCCAGCUCAAUUGCAAAAUUACAAGGAUAAUAUUGCCAAUCCAAUUGGAAUGAUCCCAAAAGAACAUGAAAUCAAAUACAACGAUUAUUAAGCUCAAUAGUUAGGUAGAUGGGAUUAACAAAGGUAGAGAUCAGUAUCCUCAAAGCAAGAAGACAAAAUCAAAUCCCUUUAUCUGCAGCCUGAACCAAUUUCUAUUAACCAAAACAACUUAUAUUACUCCAAUUUUGAGCCAUAUCCAUUGAAGCAGCCAAAUUAGGGAUAUAAAUCGAAUUAGAAUAAUAACAUAAUAAAUAAUAAUCAAUACAAUGCAAAUAAAGUGUUUUCCUAGAAUUCUCAGAAGAGACCUUAAGAACUUUAUGACCAACUAGACAUCGCCUUAAAUUAACAAACAUACCAUUCUUAAAAGGUAGAAAUUCGAUUCAAGUUAUUUGAUCUUUUUAUGAAUGAAAUCAAGAAUCCAAAUCACAUGGUACAAUUAUAAAAUUCAAAACCUCCUUCAAAAUAGCAAGAAGAGAAAGAAGAAGAUUCUAUGAAUUGCACACAAGCAUCGUUUAUGAAAACUUAAAAUUCCAAAUGCAUUCAAUGCUUAUAGGAUAUUUAUGAAAAGAAAAUCAACUUAGUUUGCUGGCAUAAUUAUCAUACAGAAUGCCUUUCUUAAAUAGUAGGUUUACAAAUUCAAUUGUCUGACGUAAGGAAUCUGCCAAAAUGUUUAUGCGGAAUCAAAAUCAAACAAAAAACCAUCUAUCAGUUACAGAAUGGGAGAAAAUUGAUAGAGGUCUUGAUGAAAAAACAAUUGGAUACAAUUUUCAAGUAACAUCACAAUUAUUUCAAAAAAUGCCCGAAAUGCGAAUUCCGAUUCCUCUUAGACAAAAGAUUAGGAAAAACAUGUUAUUGUGACAACUGUGGAAGUGAGUUCAAAAUUUAGUGA